GCUCUCCCCCAAAACAACGCCAUGUUCCACUCCUCCUUCCCCUUCGUCGCCGACCCCGAACCCACCCUCCUCCCCGCGGUAUGCUCCUCCGAUGCCGCCCCUCAACCCUUCUACGACGCCGGCGGCCCCUACCCUCUCCUCUUCUCCUCUUUUUCUCCACCCUGUCCGUCUUCUUUUCCCUAUCAUCUCCCCAGGAGCAGCAGCACCCAGUCCCUGGUAUUCCCCGACGGCAUUUCCGAACGCCCCCCGCCGCUUCCGCCCGCGUCUUCCCCCUCCUCCAACUCCGGCCACUAUUUCGACUUCAACGACACCCCCGUCAGGCGGGUCUUCAGCACCGGCGACCUCCAGGUGAUGACUGCAAUACAAGCGGCCGGCGACAAUUACAACCAGGAAGUCUCGGAGGUCCCUGGAAGAAUCGGGCGUUACACCGCCGAGGAGCGCAAGGAGAGGAUCGAGCGGUAUCGAAGCAAGCGCAGCCAGAGGAAUUUCUACAAGAAGAUCACUUACGAAUGCAGGAAGACGCUGGCCGAUAGCCGGCCGAGAGUCCGUGGCCGGUUUGCAAGGAACGGCGAGACCGAGACCGAAACAGAGCCAGAAGUUAAAACAGACAUCCCGGAGAACAGCUAUGACUGUCAUAGCAGCUACAACAUCAAUGAGCAAGCACCGAGCGGCGUCUUCGGCAACGGAGACCAGUGGUCGCAAAUCAUGGCGGUGCUGGCCAUGGCCGAGGAAGAGGAGUUCUGUUAUCAGGACCUCUGCGCCUACUUCUCCGACGUCCGCCCUAUGAACCUUCCCUUCUAAAAGUUAUCCAAGUGGAGAGCGAGUGGCAUGGUCAUUAGGUACAGCAGUGGUAGUAGUUCUUGGCUGCUAGCCUGUAAUCAUAAACAAGCGGAAAGUAAGCUGUCGUCGCUUACCUUCCUUCCUUCUUCCGAGUUCCUUCCAUAAAGGUCAAAAAGUGCUCAAAAUCUCAAUUUAGUGCACGCUGUUUUAUUUUAGUUCUGCAUUUGAUCUUUAAUUUAAGCCGGGUGGCUCCUCUUAUAGCCUCCCAUAUCAUC